GGCCUCCACAGCUCUCUAAUCAGAGAACCGUAAGAGUGUAAAAUGAUACUUCGCACAUGCGCAGCAAGAGUUUUCUCUUGUCUUUCACCCCCAUCACUUCCUGGUCCCUCUCCGUUGUGUUUACAUCUAGCGUCAAUCUUCAUCUGAGCCACCGUAGCAGGCGCGUGUGUUGUUGUUUUUGUCACCUGUAUCGACCAAAGUAGUCUGGAUUAUUCUGGUUGAACCCACGCACUCGGUGGAUCUAAGAAAAGAUGUCUCCGGCCGCUGCCUUCCACGCGCAGCUCGCCUCCAUCAUGGAGGUGUUGGCUAACACGGCGGUGGCAGAGAUCUGCGAGCUGGUGGACAGCGGCUACUCCAUGCUACAGCUGGAGAUCUCACGGAGCCGCAAAGAGAACGAGGUGCUGCGGAGAAAACUACGGCUCGUGGAGCUCCGGAACGCCCGAGCAAAUGCCCUGAGAACCGCGGCUACCGCUAGCGGCACGGCGCUACAGCUCGCCAAUGGCCGCGCUCGAGCUCUGCUGCCUGCUCAUCACCCUGGCAACGAGCCGAGAAGGAACGGCGCAUCUGGAGGUGAGCUGGUGCUGUGCAGAGCGUCGAGUCAGGAAACGAUACAAUGUGGCGACACGGAUCCAUCCUCAGAGUCAGGACAAGUCCCCACACAGAGAACAAUGUCUGAAGGUGAGACGAACCCACUGACGCCCUCAGUGAUCAAAGUGGAGGAUGAUGAUGAGACCUGGGACAAGUCUGGACACGACAAUGGCCAUGGAGAUCUUUGUGUGGUUGUUGUUGGACAAAUGACAGAUACAAAUGCUCCACUCCAGCAGAACAAACAGGAAGUAACAGAGGAAGGUGGCGGCUCAGCUCAAGCAUGGUCGAGCGAGGAAGUCAGCUCCACCUCAGUGUCCAUCCAAAAUAUAACAAACACCGGCCAGAGCUCAGAAACCAGCGAUUAUGACUGUGUGAUACUUGAACCAGAGCUACAGCAUGGCUCAAUGACUACCCAGGAUUCUUUGCAAGAGGAUCCCAGCUGCUCAUACAUGAUGAACACUGGAGAGAGAGCCGUGUCUGAUUCAGGCAGCAGCUUUACUUUCACCGUCAGUGAGCUCAGUCCAUCUAUAGUAGAGCAAAGACAGCCUCCAGGUUUACACAAUAACCAUCAGAGGGUGCUACAGCCUCCAGUGAGGAGAGAUACGAGAGAGAGGUUCGGUGCUUUCGUGAGAAGAGACCGGUGGCGGUCUCAGGAUGGUGUGAACAGAGCGUCAGGUCACAGCAGGGACGACAGUGGAGGGGGGAGGUUUGUGUGUAACUGCUGUGGGAAAAAGCUAGCCUGCUUGAAGAACCUGAAAACCCACAUGAGGGUCCACACGGGCGAGAAGCCGUUCGUCUGCGCGCUCUGCGGAAAAUGCUUCUCCGACUCCAGCAACCUGAAACGUCACCAGAGCGUCCACACGGGAGAGAAACGCUACGGCUGCGUGCACUGCGGCAAACGCUUCGCCCAGUCGGGAUCGCUCAAGGUCCACAUGAGCGUCCACACAGACUGCAAACAGUUCAGGUGUUUGCAAUGCGGCAAGACCUUCAUCUCCAGCAGCCACCUGCGACGCCACUUAGCCUCACACGCCAGAGAGAAACAGUUAACGCAAACAUUGCAAUGAUAGAAGUGGGAUUAUGGGAGUAUGGUGCCAAAAUAGGAUAGAUCCUGCAGGUGCUACAGGUGUAAAUGAUAAAAAGACAGGCGAAACAACAUAUCAGCCUUUUAAAAUGUGUUUUAUUUUGGUUGAUUUAGAGACAGUUUUUUACGCAGGUGCUCUGCAUUAUAAAAGACUUUGUAAAAAGAUGGACCAAGAUAGAGUUUGAGAGUUUUGGAGUCAUUGCAUGUGUUGGUUGUUUUAUUAUUUGCACAUUUUAGUGAAAUUUCCACAAAAGAUGUUCAAUAAAGAAGGAUUACAGAGGGAA